CAGGAAUGGCUGGCCCGGGGGCACGAGGCUCUGCAUCUGGCUGGUGACAGGGACCUGGCAGCUGAGGGGCAGCAGCUGGAGAGCUUCGAGCGCCGGCUGGAGAGCUGUGCGCACACCAUGCACAAUGCCCUGCGGCUGCACCACUUCCUGCAGCAGGCUCAGGACUGGGCCCUGGAAGGCGUCCGGCGCCUGUCGGCCAUUGAGGACGGCACAGGGCCAGAGAUGGUACUGGGGACGCUGGGCCAGUACUGCCAGCAGCAUGCUGAGAUCUCGGACAGUGCCUUCCAGGAGAUGAGUGGGCUGGCAGUGCAGAGUCCCUGGGCGCUGCGGGAGUUGGGGCGCUGUCGGGCCCGCUGCCAGGAGCUGGGGCGCCUCCUGCAGCGGCGGCUGGAGGUGGCAUUGCAGUCUGGACCCCAGCCCCGGCGCCGGGCUGACAGCACCAGCGCCUCUUGCUCACCGCAGCGCCCAAUGAGGGGUCUGGGCACUGGCCUGGGCUCCUCCCGCAGCAUGAGCUGCCUGCUGCCUCCACCGGGCAGCCUGUCCCCUGGCCUGUGUGAGGUGCCCUCUUGCUACUCACUAGCAUCCUCCAGGGGCCCCAUGGAGAACAGUGACGAAGAACGGAGCCCCCCUCCCACCAGCUCCUCCACCACUGCCUUCUUCCAGGCACCCACGCUGCCUCUGGGCACACUGCCCCACUGCCAGCAUCCUGCAAAGGGUCCCCCCAGCACGCAGAGGGCACUGAGCGAGCCCGGCCCUCCCCGCCCCAGCGUCCUCAUUCGCGGACUGGAAGUGAGCAGCCAGGAGGUAGUGGACCGGACCUGCUCGCCCCGGGAGCACGUGAUGCUGGUUCGCAGCAGUGCCCAGAGAGCCGAAGCGCCGUGGGGGGGCACGCCCAGCACUGAGCGGAAACACCGCCUGGGCGCCCAGCAGCGGCUGGUGGCAGAGCUGAUUGCCUCGGAGCAGGAGUAUCUAGACUGCCUGGCUGAGUUGCUGCCCCAGGAGUUGGGGUGCCAGGAGCUACCCCCCGAACUGAAACACGAGUGCAGUGCCUUGGAGGGCACCCGUGACCGGCUGCUGGGCUUCCACCGCACCUACUUCCUGAAGGAGCUGCAGGGCUGCGCCAGCCACCCUCUCCGUGCAGGGGGCUGCUUCCUGCGAUAUGCGGACCAGUUCAGUCUCUAUGCCCUCUACGUGAAGAACCGGCAGAAGCUCGAUGCAGCACUGGCCUCUCAGCAAGCUGCCCACAAGACAGUACACAGCAGCCUAGAAGGUCCCUGGGAGGACACAGCGCUGGCAAGUGCCCUGCAGAGGCCCCUGGAGCAGCUGGAGCGCUAUGGGCGCUUUCUGGAGGAGCUGCUGCAGGAGACGGACCUGGAGCAGGCGUCAGAGCGCGAGGCCUUGCGGGCAGCGCAGCAGCUGCUGGAAUCCCAGGUGCAGCAUGGCAGGAACCUGCUGGCCAUGGAGCAGAUCCGGGGCUGUGAGCUGGAGUUGAAGGCGCAGGGGCAGCUGCUGCACCGGGACGAGUUCACCGUGCUGCGUGGGCGCCGCAAGUGCCAUCGGCAUGUCUUCCUCUUCGAGCAGCUGCUGCUCUUCAGCAAGCGCAAGGGCACCGAGGGUGGCUUGGAUGUCUAUGUCUACAAGCAGGCCUACAAGACAGCAGAUAUGGGGCUGACGGAGAACAUCGGGGAGAGCGGGCUGCGAUUUGAGCUCUGGUUCCGGCGUCGCAAGCUCCGUGAGGCCUACACGCUGCAGGCCUCCUCACCCGAGGUGAAGCACAAGUGGACCAGUGCCGUGGCCCAGCUGCUGUGGAGGCAGGCCACGCUCAGCAAGGGAUGCGGGCAAGGGGUGACCUUCAUUGUGAUGGGUUGUGGGAAGCAAGAGGACACGGACACCACCGUGGCAAGAUGA